UCCAAUCUUGAAUACCACUUUUGGUCAAUAUUUCCCCCAGCAAUACCAAUGAGCUAUUUAGCUACACAACAGCUUGUUGUUGCUGACUGUGUAAUACAUCACUACAGUAACGCACCUAUGCCAAUGUCUCUAUUUGUUGCUUUCGUGGUGUGAUUAAACAGCCAAGGUUGUGACAGCUAAAGCCCAAACAUCUCCCCGCCACUCAGACCAUGAAGAACCUCAUAUUCAGGCUCGUGAGCUUGAGUUCAAGGAGUGACAUUUCUACAGCAUGUAGGACGAGACACCAUGGGAGAUUCUAUCUGCACGUUUGGGCAUCUGGUUUGUCCUACAGACAUUGCCACCAGAGUACAUCACAACUUCCUCCUCUGAUCGCUGAACAGCCACUUCACAAGCCUGUGAUGUUAAACGAGGUGCUUCAUUGCUUAGACAUCCAACCAGGACAGGUGAUCCUGGACAUGACGUUUGGAGGCGGGGGUCACACCAAAGAAAUUCUGAAUACGUAUUCUGAUGUGACGGUCCUGGCCCUAGAUCGAGACCCUGUGGCAUUCGGUUUGGCCCAGCAGCUAGCAAAGCAGUACAAUGGUCGUCUCCAACCCUUGCUGGGCCGGUUCAGCGAGCUGAUCCUUCAGCAGGAGGUGAAGCCAGGUAGUCUGGAUGUGGUGCUCCUUGAUGCCGGUUGCUCCUCCAUGCAGAUGGACCAGGCCCAGAGAGGAUUCUCUCUCAGCAGGGACGGCCCCCUGGACAUGAGGAUGGAUGGAGACAGGUAUCCCGACACACCGCGCGCUGCUGACGUUGUGAACGCGCUGGAUCAGAAGUCCCUUGCGUCCAUCCUCCUUGCGUACGGGGAGGAGAGACACGCCAGGAAGAUCUCCUCAGCCGUCGUGGAGGCGCGCAGCAUCUGCCCCAUCACACGCACUCAGCAGCUGGCCAGCGUGGUGGCAGGAUCGUUCCCUAGCGCCGCUCUCUACGCGCGCAAGGACAAGCUGGAGCGCCCGUCCCACGUGGCCACCAAGACCUUCCAGGCUCUGCGCAUCUUCGUCAACGACGAGAUGAACGAGCUGCACGCGGGGCUGCGCGCCGCCCAGACGCUGCUGAGGCCCGGCGGUCGCCUGUGCGUGCUCACCUUCCACUCCCUGGAGGACCGCCUGGUGAAGCGCUUCCUCAGCGGGGGGGACAUGGCCACGCUGGACCAGAGACACCCGGGCCAGAGGCUCCGGAGAGGGGCAGGGGAGGGGGAGGAGGAGGAGGGGGAGGAGGUAAUGGGGGGGAACCGGACGAAGACGACGUCGCACUGGUCGCCUCUACAGAGAGGGGUCACAACGCCAGGGAAGGAGGAGCUGGCGGAGAACCCUCGGGGUCGCUCCGCUAAGCUCCGAGCCGCGCUGAGAUGCUAGGACAUUGGGACGGUUUUGUCGAUAGGUGUUUUCAAACAUUUCUCUGGUCGUAGUCAUAGUUUUGUACCGCUAACCUCAUGUGGCCAUACUUAGAUUAUUAUAAAUUAUUAUAAUAUUAAAGACAAUCCAAUCAAA